GUAGGCUUUAGCAGCUUCCCUUUACCGCAGUACCGUAGUACCGGGCGGCCAAAGGUAACAUCUUUAAUCGCAAACCACAAAAACUCUCCACCUUUUCCUCUUCUUUUCCAUCACAAUCUUUUUUUUCCUUUCCUCCCAAAGAACCAAUUCUUCCUUCUUCCUCCAGGUUCAAGAGGCAUAUCGUCUCCCUGUUGGUAAUUUUCCCAUCCUCCAAUCUUUGCAGGAGUUGAAUUUGGCCUAGAUUUUGUCUUACAUCUGAACCCCUCACAGCUACCCUCAGGACCGCGGUUGUCAACAUGUUGGCCACUCGACAGGUCCUGGGCAACGUUGCCCGAUCGCGGGUCGUGUCCAACAUGACCCUGCGAAGGUGCAUGGCCUCCGUAGCCGACCCGGCCUUGGACAAGAAGGUCAGGCAAAACAACUGGGAAGAAGGCAACUUUAUCAACUACAAGAAGAUGGCCGAGAACCUGGCUAUCGUUCGCAGCCGCUUGAACCGCCCUUUGACGUACGGCGAGAAGGUUUUAUACUCCCAUCUUGACGACCCGGAAGGACAGGACCUCGAGCGAGGAGUGUCAUACCUCAAAUUGCGGCCCGAUCGAGUCGCAUGCCAGGAUGCCACUGCUCAGAUGGCUAUCCUCCAGUUUAUGUCUGCCGGCAUGCCUUCGGUAGCAAAUCCUACAACCGUACACUGUGAUCACCUGAUCGAGGCCCAAGUUGGUGGAGAGAAGGAUCUUGAGCGAGCUGUCAACAUCAACAAGGAAGUAUACGAUUUCCUUUCCUCGGCAUGUGCCAAGUACAACAUCGGCUUCUGGAGACCCGGCUCCGGUAUCAUCCACCAAAUCAUCCUCGAGAAUUACGCCUUCCCUGGUGGUCUCCUGAUCGGCACUGAUUCUCACACGCCUAAUGCUGGUGGUCUUGGCAUGGCUGCCAUUGGUGUUGGUGGUGCCGAUGCUGUUGACGUUAUGGCAAACCUACCUUGGGAACUGAAGGCACCAAAAUAUAUUGGGAUUAAGCUAACUGGCGAGCUGAAGGGCUGGACUAGCCCCAAAGAUAUCAUUCUCAAAGUAGCAGGACUCCUUACGGUUAAAGGCGGAACUGGCUUCAUAGUGGAAUAUCACGGCCCUGGUCUUAAUACUGUCUCUGCAACAGGACUCGGGAGCGCUGCAAAUAUGGGCGCUGAAAUUGGUGCCACUACCUCCGUUUUCCCGUUUACCGACCGCAUGUACGACUAUCUAAAGGCUACUAAGCGAACUGAAAUUGGUGACUUCGCUCGCGCUUAUGCUAAGGAACUACGUGAGGACGAGGGUGCUGAAUAUGACCAAUUCAUCGAAAUCAACCUCUCCGAACUCGAACCGCAUAUCAAUGGCCCCUUUACACCUGAUCUAGCAACCCCCAUUUCUAAGUUUUCCGAGGCUGUGAAGGCCAAUGGCUGGCCUGAGGAGCUUAAAGCUGGCCUCAUUGGAUCUUGCACAAACUCUUCCUACGAGGACAUGUCUCGAGCUGCUUCUAUUGCCCGGGAUGCUCUUAACCAUGGUCUGAAGGCUAAGUCUGCCUUCUUUGUUACCCCUGGUUCUGAACAGAUCCGUGCCACCAUUGCCCGUGAUGGCCAACUUCAGACGUUCGAGGAAUUUGGCGGCAUGGUGUUGGCCAACGCCUGUGGUCCUUGUAUUGGUCAAUGGGAUCGACGGGACGUCAAGAAGGGCGAGGCUAAUUCGAUCCUGUCCUCCUACAACCGUAACUUUACCGGCCGAAACGACGGCAACCCCGCAACCCAUUCCUUCGUUACUUCUCCCGAUCUAGUUGUUGCCUUGACAAUCGCUGGCAACUUACAUUUCAACCCCCUUACUGACAAGUUGAAGGACAAGGAUGGUAAUGAGUUCCUGCUGGCUCCUCCCACCGGCGACGGUCUCCCCGCAAACGGAUACGACCCUGGAAACAACACCUACCAAGCCCCCCCUGCUGACCGCUCCUCGGUCAAUGUUCAAGUUUCUCCUUCUUCCGACCGUCUCCAGGUUCUACAACCCUUCAAGCCUUGGGAUGGCAAAGAUGCUCUGGGCAUGCCCAUCCUGAUCAAGGCGAAGGGAAAGACUACCACUGACCACAUCUCCAUGGCUGGCCCCUGGCUCAAGUACCGUGGACAUCUUGACAACAUCUCCAACAACAUGUUGAUUGGUGCUAUCAACGAGGCCAACGAUGAGGCGAACAAGAUUAAGAACGUGACUACGGGAGAAUGGGAUGCUGUCCCGGCUGUGGCCCGCGACUACAAGGCCAAGGGAAUCAAGUGGGUUGUUAUUGGUGACUGGAACUAUGGAGAGGGAAGCUCCCGAGAGCACGCGGCUCUUGAGCCUCGCCACCUUGGUGGUCUCGCCAUCGUCACCCGAAGUUUUGCCCGUAUUCACGAGACCAACUUGAAGAAGCAGGGUAUGCUUCCUCUCACAUUCGCGGAUCCUGCCGACUACGACAAGAUCAAGCCUGAUGAUAAGGUUGAUAUUCUCUGCACUGAGCUAGCUGUUGGAAAGCCCGUGACGAUGCGAGUACAUCCUAAGGACGGUAACCCCUUUGAUGUGAAGCUUUCCCACACUUUUAAUGAGGCGCAGAUCGAAUGGUUUAAGAAUGGAAGCGCGCUGAACACGAUGGCUAAGAAUGCGAAAUGAAAGCUCUAAGGGAUGAUGCGGAAAAUCAAAUCAAUAAUAUAGGAGAGAUGCAUGCGGGCGCAUUGUGGGGAGGCAUGCUAAAAUUACAGCACUCGGGGUGUAUAGGAACUUGGGUUGGUUUUACGGAUGUCAUGUUUUAUGGGACAAUUAUAUUUCUACCCCGUCAUGAUGUUUCUCCAGCCGGUUCUAGAAUUUUUUAUAGUUUGUACAAAACGAACUUUUAUGAAAGAAUUUCAAGUCAUUAUAUCGUCCCAAUUUUCUUUUAUAAAGUUCUAAGAUACUACGUAAGUUCCCAGUGUCAUUGUAUAUGAUCUUAUAUUCUGC